UUUACACUUAAACUUAUUAUUACUUAAAUAAAACAAUUUUCUUGUCGAUAAAGAAAUAGACAAAACAAUAAUCAUUUUCGCCUUAUCAACAAAUUCACUAGUUUCUAUUUGAUCAUUAAAAUUAAGCAACAAUAGUACUUGGAUAGGUAACCGCUUUGGAACACAGAGUGCUGUCAACUCCAGGGAGGUGACUCAGGAUAACGAUAAGCUGUUGUCAAAGUCUCUUAAACUCAUAAAAGAAAAAAUAAUAUAGACAAGACAUUAUCAAUUAGAAAUCUUGAUCAAAAAAUUAUUUUAUAAAUGGCUAUUUAUUGUUGCUUGCUUUUUAAAACUAUUUCUUUUUAAUAUGCAUUUUCAUUUGUUUAUUUAAAGUUUUAUAAAAGACUAGAUAUAGUUUCUAGGGUAUCGGUAAAAGAAUUAGAGGUAUUGCGACAUAAUCUUAUCUGUGCUUAUCUCAGAAUAUUACAGAGUGAUAUAAAAUAACGGUUUCAUUCAUACGGAUAAUCGGAAAAUAUUUUCUAUAUCAACUAUUGUAUUUUAUUUUGUAUUAUUUUAAAUUAUCUUUUAAAUAUGAUCAAUUAAGUAGUGGAUUAAUUAAGUGUUAUAGUUUCAAAAAAGGAUGAUAGAUACUCUGAGUAAGAAGACAAAUAUGUGUCAAAAUCUAUAUUAAAUAACACAAAUCUAUUAAUAUAAUCUUCUGUGUGUGAUGAGUCAUUUAUAAUAAGAAUUGUUACAUUAGUUCAAUAAGAAUAUUUUUUUAUUGAGAUACAAUUUUCGUCAUAUUGUAAAAUGCAAUAUUUUGAAAGAGUGAAAGAAAUAAUCAAUAAUGUAUACUCAUGACACAUCUAUACAGCAUAUACAUUCUACGCAUGAUUAUAUAUAUAUUUUAGGAGCGUCAAAAUGCAAAGAUCAAAUAUUUGAGUUUUAAUCUUUCAACGAUCUUUUCCGCCGCAUUGGAAGAACCACCACUAAGGACUAAGAUUUACGCAUACGCGUAGCUUAUUUCAACGUGAAAAAUAAGAGGAAAUAUAUUCGUUAAAGUAUUCACCUCUCUGUAUAAAUGUGAUUUUACUUAUUCGAUGAGACAUUCGACCAAAUGCUAUCUGAUUAGUUUACAUUACGAUAUUUUGAAUCCUUUACGCGCUUCUUAAAGUUUACAUUUUCUAUUUGUUAUUUUUCAAGACUAUUUAUUAUCGAUUGAACAGAAAUAUCUUUGCUUCUGUUAAACCUAAACGCGUUUAUAUAUAUGCGUGUAAAUUAAAAAGAUUUCGUGAAUUUGUCAUCCACCGAACGAAGUCAAAAUAUAAAAAAAAGGUGUGACUUUUAUGAUCAUGCCAUCAAAAUGAAUGAAUAAUGUAUGACUUGAAAUAUUGUUUAUCGUGGAAGUAGAAAGUUAUAAUAAGAAAAGAACAGAUAUUUGCAACGAUGAAAACUUCGCAAGCAGAAACUCUUCUCGCGAUAUUGUAUACUGCUUCGGUGAUAUUUGCGAUAAUAUCUUUAGCAUCUCUCGCAAUUAUUUGGCAACAUUGGGAAAUGACAUUAGAUGGUUGCAUUAGUGUUAAUUGUGGUUGUAUAUUGUAUGGUAUUAAUACGUUUAGCACAUUUAUGGGAGGAAAUAUAAAACUUUGCCAUUAUGGUGUCUACGGACUCCUUCCUGCAAUUAUAAUUGGCUUGUGCCUCAGUAUUUAUCAUAUUUACAGAUGCUCUAUUAAUCGUGGCCUUGAUGAGCCCAGGUCAAUGAAUUAUAACAACAACAGAGCCACUAUUAAUGGGCAAGUUGUUGUAAUUGGCCCAAAAAGAAGAGCUCCAUUUAAACAAUGGAUACCAUCAGUAUUUUGCGCUGCUUUGAUUGGCUGUUUAUCGCUUGCGCAUGCAGUUAUCACAACCGAUGGUUUUUUUAAAACUUGUGAACAAUAUAAAAGAGCUCUGAUACAACUUUUGGGUUCUAGGGGACGUGAAGCUCAUGUAAUUCGAUAUAGACUUGGUUGCAGUGCAAUUUUUGAUUACAUGGAUUAUCUUCAACCGGAUGCCAAUAAUUUUAGACGGGGAGAAGAAUUAAAUACAGGUUUUGCAUUACAACUCGCUAUUGUUUGUACAUGGCUUAAUUUUUUUACAUGGGUUUUUAUAUGCGUUCUCUCUUUCACUAUGGCAAAAAAGAAACUCAGAACUUCUGGAGAACACUUUUGUUGUUUUUAAAUUCAUUUUCUUAUUGAAGUAUUAUAUCGUUUAAUAUCAAUUUACAAAAUCUAUUUUGAUCAGCGAUAAAUGAUUCGUUUUGUUUGUCUAUUUAUAUUAAAAUUUA